UCCACUGUGAAACAAUGGAAUGCAUACCUUGCUAUUAAGAAGUAAUUAAUAACACCAUAACUGCAUAACUAAUAAAGUCAUCAUGAAAGCAAGCUGCAUAUUAGUAGUUGUAAGUUGUCUAUUAUGAUCUUGAAUGUCAACUGAAAGUCUAGCUGCUUUAAUACGUCGGUUCACAGAUCAUACAUAUUAACCUUCAAAGUUAGUACUUUUAUUUUUAAAGACCACGUCCAUUAGUCAAAUUAAUGGUGGCGACCAUUAUUUUUCUACGCGCUUAAGUCUUAACCCAAUUUCCCUUAUUCAAUUACGUCUCCUUCCUUCUCUCUUUUGUACAACAUACUCUCAUAAAUCACUCAAUUUUUGUUGUUAAUUGAUCUUGUUUUCGAUACAAUUUAGGGUUUCCUAAUCUUGAUGUUGUCAAUUCAAAGAAAAUUAUUUCCUUUCUGGGUUAUUCUUCUUUUAUGGAGUUCUUCAUCUUUGAUCAUGGUAGAAUCAAAAUGCAAAAAAGGGUGUCCUUUAGCUUUAGCUUCUUACUAUGUAUGGAAAAAUACAACCCUUACAUUCAUAGCCCAAGUUAUGAACACUACUGAAGAUGCUAUACUCAGUUAUAACCCAGUUAUUCCUGAUAAAGAUAGAAUUCAAUCUUUUACAAGGAUUAAUGUUCCUUUUACUUGUGAUUGUCUCAAUGAUGGGCAAUUUUUGGGUCAUUUUUUUCACUAUCAGAUGAUAAAGGGUGAUACUUAUGGAAAAGUUGCUGGGACUUAUUAUUCUAAUCUUACUACUGUAAAUUGGAUUGCAAAAUUUAAUAAUUUUCCCAUUGAUAAUGUGCCUGAGAAUACCAUUAUUAAUGUGCCUGUUAAUUGCUCUUGUGGGGAUAGUGAGAUUGAUAAGAAAUAUGGGUUGUUCUUGACUUACCCACUUUUGCCUGGAGAUAACUUGAAAUCAGUUGCUCAGGAAACAAAUGCUACAACUAAUUUGCUGCAGAGGUAUAACCCGAAUGUGAAUUGGAAUUCUGGAACUGGGAUUGUGUUCAUCCCUGCAAAAGACAAAGAUGGACAAUAUCCUCCUAUCUCCUCCAGAAGAAAGAAAAUGAAGAAAGCUUUACUUUUUGGCAAGGCUGGAGGACAACAGUCUGGUAAGAUUCAUGGAAGUUCCCGCAAAUUGGGAGAUUCUUUAAAUGCUGGAAACAUCGGUGUGACUGUUAACAAAUCAGUCGAGUUCUCCUUUGAAGAGCUUGCUCUAGCAACAGAUAACUUUAGCAUGGCCAACAAGAUUGGUUCGGGAGGUUUUGGAGAUGUGUACUAUGCAGAGCUGAGAGGAGAGAAAGCAGCCGUGAAGAAGAUGGACAUGCAGGCAACCAAAGAAUUUCUUGCUGAGAUAAACGUUUUGACUCGUGUUCAUCACUUGAACCUGGUUCGCUUGAUUGGAUAUUGUGUUGAGGAGUGUCUUUUCCUAGUGUAUGAAUACAUAGAGAACGGCAAUUUAAGCCAGCAUUUGCGUGGAUCUGGAAGAGACCCACUACCCUGGUCCACUCGAGUGCAAAUUGCCCUUGAUUCAGCAAGGGGUCUUGAAUAUAUACACGAGCAUACAGUGCCUGUCUAUAUUCACCGUGAUAUUAAAUCGGCCAAUAUAUUAAUAGACAAGAGCUUCCGUGCAAAGGUUGCAGAUUUUGGGUUGACCAAGCUGACUGAAGUUGGAAAUCAUUCUGCGCCAACACGUCUUGUGGGUACAUUCGGAUAUAUGCCUCCAGAGUAUGCUCAAUAUGGCGAGGUCUCACCAAAAGUUGAUGUUUAUGCAUUUGGAGUUGUCCUCUAUGAGCUUAUAUCAGCUAAGGCAGCUGUAGUGAAACAAAAUGUCUCAGGUCCUGACUCAAAGGGCCUUGUCGGCAUGUUUGAAGUUGUUCUCAAUCAAGAUGACCAAAAUGAGGUUCGGAAACUGGUCGAUCCUAGGCUGGGAGAUGACUAUCCUCUUGACUCAGUUUAUAAGCUGGCUCAACUUGCAAAUGCAUGCACUCAAGAGAAUCCACAUCUAAGACCUAGCAUGAGGUCUGUUGUUGUGGCUCUAAUGACUCUGUCGUCCAUGACUGGCGAAUGGGACACAGGUGAAAUCUACGGAAACCAUCAACUAAAAGCCCAACGUCAGCAACUUAUAUAGGUCUUUCUUUUGUUCGAAUGUUUGUCUUGGUCAUUGUUUGUCGUUCCUCUCCUACUGCACAAAGCGAUGCAAGCGUAUAGUCAAAGGCUGAGUAGAAAGACAGGAUGCCGAUUGCUUUUGUAUUUAAAAUUCUGUAUAAACUCUGUAUCUAAUGUAUACAUGUAUUUAACGUGUGUAUGUAAUGUAAUGUCAUAGACUCAUAGUUGCUCUGGCCUAAGAUUAUAGUCUGUUGGUUGCAUUGUGGCUGUCGGAGUUUAUAAACUUCCGUCCGAGUCCAUUCUUUUUAUACUUGUUAGCUGUAUUUACUAGGAGAUAUUAAUAAGAGGGAAAUUUGCUUGUUUUACCGGACAUCGUUUAUCAUCA